GUUGAUGCGUCGCAAUAGUUCUUCAGAAACUAGUUCAUAGUGUUCAGAUGAACAGUGGAAUGCAACUUUACAAAAUUAUAAUCGUUAAAAGCGAAAUCAUGGGCCACGUAUUAUGUGAUUAAUCGUUAUUCAGAUGACGAAUUCAAAAGUAAUUUCAAGUGCUUGACUCUCUAUCACAUAUUACACUGUAGAUUUUGAAAAUGUCAUGUCUACUUGCAUACCUAGAUCAUACUCUAAAUUUAUGCUCCUCUGAAUUUCUUGUCGCCAUCUCCAAGCUUUAAAUGUCACAUUUCCGAAUUAGUUUCAAAAUUGCGCUGAAAUAUUCUCAACGUCCGGACAGUCCGUUGUGAGCUUGCCGGGAGCGAAAGUAAUGACGUCAUGAGUGAUGUUUUUGCCACGACCACAACGACCGUGGGCGUUUUGUGGAACGGCUAACGGACUGUUUUGAUUGUUGUGAGCGCUUAGUGGAACGCACGGUAUAUCAUCUGAUGAAUGUCAUUUAUCUUUCACCGCUUGUGUCAUUUUCUGACAGAUUUUGGCGAAUUGUUUAAAAUUAACAGCAUAGUAUCAGCUUUUAUUGCAUUUAUCAAUAUAUUCUGCCGACUACUGCAUAUUGCUGUCGAAAGCGUAACACAAGAAUAAGUAUAAAAAUUAAAUUUCACGAGCGAUUUACCUAUUUUAUCGAUUUUGUUGUUUGAGAGAAUUUCUAUGACACAUCAAGAAAAUCAAUAAUAUGUGAAGCAGGAGCUGAACAAGAAAAAAGAAAUACAAUCAGUCACUGAAAAUGUUACCCGAUCCGGAUGAUUUCAGCACUAUUUUUCAUGAGGCAUACAAAGUUUUCCCAGAAAAUUCAAAGAAAAGACUGGAAUGGAAAAGACUGAAAAAGAAAUCUUCGAAAUUGCGAUGCAAGCAAAAAAAUAAAUCAGAACUACCAUGUGAAAAUGACCCACAAGGUGCUCCUGAAAUAGAGCUCCCUGGCAAUGCCUCAGCAUUUGCUGUAUUUGCUUCUGUGCGGUUAGCAGUCCUCGAUAGAUGGAUGAGGCAAGCAAGUCAGGCAUAUCUUCAUAGCAGUUGCAGUGCCCCUAUCCAAGAUCAAAGUGAAAUUGAAAGUGACACAGAAGAUAAUUCCCAAAGCACAUACCUAACGCCUGUAAUAGUAUCUAAGGUUGUUGGCUUAGGUUUGCGGUCUGUUUUUGAGCUGAUCAAAGAAAGUCGAAUCACUCACCCAAUGCUUUGUACUAAGGCAUUGAAUGCUUUACUAAAUGUCUUGCAGGGUCAGAUGCCAGAAGCUCUAAAGUUUGAACCACCUGAAGUUAUAGAUUCAUUGUUUGAUUUGUUGUUAGAUUUGGCUACCUUACAUGGACCUGAGAGUUCUGUUCUUAACGAUGGCAGUCAUUUCACAGCAGUAGCUUGCGCUUGCUUAUUGUCGCUGGUGGUGGUAAGAGGGGAUACAGGAAAAUAUCUUGCUGCUGCUGCAGCACUUCUGAUGUGCCCAAGAGCUCUGUCAUUACAGAAUAUUCAGAUGCCUGCAGUUCUUUCUUCUCUCCAAAAAAGUCUCCACGGCAUCCUGUUGGGAAAAAUUAUCAGACCAGCUUGGAUAACUCACGGCGUGCCAAUCAAGUCCAAAAUCGAUUAUUUUUCAGUUAAACUCCCAAAUGAACUCCAUAACCAGCAGAUGAAAAUGAAGUCUCUGGCUUGCGAUGGACAGUAUUUGUACUUGUUCACUUCUAGAGGCUUAUUGAAGAUUGGAAGCGGGUAUGGAGGAACAAUAAAAGGACAUGUUGUGGCGUGGAAACCAGAAUUUUAUCCAAAUGAUAAUGGAAGUUUAGUAUUUUGUGAUGGAAAUUUAUAUUUGAAACUAUGUGGGAGACGAGGCUGUGAAUUUCUUGUUGUUGAAAGGAGUAAUCUUCUCAUUUCGGCAUCCGUUCCUCUGCACAAUAGGGACUCUUCAGCCACGGUGGUGUUUUCAGACGGAGAUUACUUAGGUGUUAUAUCUCCUGCUAAAGAUGAUGGAUUCGUAGUCAGGAUGUUGAAUCAGAACACCUCUCCUGCAUCCCUUGUAAGUGAGCUUCCACUAAAAUUAGCUAGAAAAUGUGUUGAUGUUUUCGGGCUCUCUUCUUUUGAUGAGGAAAUUGGAACUUACACCGUGAAUACAGGAAGUGAGGAAGAAAUUGCCAGUAUCUGUACCGGAAAAGAGUUUGGACUCAUUAGGACAGUCACAGGAAAGAUAUUAUAUUGUGGAAAAUCAUCUGCUCUUGGGAUAAAACAAGCAGGAGUCAGAACUGGAAAAUGGUCUGACCUAGUUCUUACUAAAACCCCAAAAGUAAGCCAGAUGUCCAUUGGUCAUGAUGGACUUCAUGCUGUACUAAUAACUGAAGAUGGAUCAGUCAUUUUCAUUGGAACUGCACGUAGAGGAGAAGAUGGUGAUCAAAAUAAAGUUAGGAGACAACCGAAACCUGUCAAACCGAAAAAGAUGAUCAAGGUUGAUGGACAAUGCAUGGUUUAUGUGGCUUGCAACAGUGGUACCACAGCAUUGAUUAAUAAAGAGGGAGAACUAAUAAUGUUUGGGAAAGACACUACGCAUGCAGAUCCAGUUACAGGAGUUGUUAGCAGUUUGAAAGGUGAAUUCAUAACCCAAGUUUCACUUGGAAAAGCGCACGCCGUAGCUCUGACUAACAAAGGGCAAGUGUACACUUUCGGGAUCAAUAAUAAAUUCCAAUGCGGAAGAGAAUUUGCUACAUCCAAGGAAGAGAAUUCCACCAAUAUUGUUGCGAUGGAUACUUGUGGAGUACAAGAAGAACAGGAUCUUCUCGAUGAAAUUCAAACGGAAAACCAGAAAGACAGAGACAACAUACCUGGUGUGUCCGAUCCCAAUAUGGGGGAGCAGCAUAACAUUUGUCCCCCUGGGAUGCAUUCUUGGCACGAUGAUAUGUGUAUGAUUUGUACUGUAUGCAGGGAGUGUACAGGAUACUCUAUUAGUUGUCUGUCCUCUGUGAGUGCUGAACGGAAUCCUGGGCAGUAUGAUUUUGAAAUGGAUUCAAGCGAUGCAGAAAGUGUGAAUUGUACUCCACCGGAAAUAGCUGAAGCAGCUGAGGAUGCGAAAUUGAGUUUAUUGCCAAGUAAAUCCAAGAAAGUAUACGACAAAGUGUAUGAAGAAUUCGUGGGGUGGUUCAACGGGAAUGAUGUAAAAAAUAAUCAACAGUACGGGGAGAUCGGGGCAAUGUACGGAAUUCUGUGCGAUAACAACACUUUGAGCGCCAAUUUCAAAGCUCACUGGCGCAAAAUGACCAAAGAGCAUCCAAACUUCGGGCUUCACACCGGACUAGGAUGGGAACGUUGGUGGAAUAUGGUGGUGAAAGGAACCUUCAAGGACUCCAAGUAUGAUUUGGAUGACAAAAAACUCGAUGCUGUCGCUUCACAUCUGAUAGAAGUUUAUAAAAGUUCGGCUUGCUGGCAACCAUGUUACGGAGUGAAGGAUCUGUUGUCUUAUAUUCGGAGCAAAGUGAAAGAGCAGCAAGGUUCUGACGUUGAAAGAGAUGCUGCUCGUUUAACGUGUCUUCCACCAGCCAAGUUAUCUCUACCAACAGAAAAUCCAGUGAUUCAAAUAGCCUGUGGGCUACACCAUAGUUUGCUUCUCCUACAGAACGGACAGGUCUAUACUUUUGGAUCCAACUUAUACGGUCAGCUUGGAUGUGGAGACAUAUUGACAAAGAACGGCAUUCAGUUAGUGAGACUUCCUUGUAGUGCAGUACAUGUGGCAGCUGGUAGUAAUCAUUCCGUUGUGCUCACCUCGAAAGGUGAAGUUUACACAUUUGGAAAUGCACAAAAGGGGCAGCUUGGAAGAUCCCCUAAUUCUUCUCAAGAUGCCACCCAACCCGGCAAUAGUUCCAGCUCUCGCUAUAGCAACCCAAGAACGCCUUGGUAUAGCAUCCCAGGUCUCAUUCCCAAUAUCGGCCCCAGGCACGGACGUAGAGCAACUUGGGUCGGGGCUUCAGGAGACCAAACCUUUCUGAAACUUGACGAAAGCCUAAUUAACUCAAUAAGCAUAUCAAAAUCAACUGUUACUGCAAAUAAACAUUCUAUCGUUUUAUUGCCGAACGAAGAAGAAACUGCCAAGAACUUCAAAUGUCUAGUCAUCAACAAGCGGGAUGGUAACUGUAACUCGUUCAAAAGUGACGAUCAAGUCGAUUUUAGCAACAAAAUAGUUUGUAUGGAUCCGAUUUAUAACGUUCUUUGGUCUUACGACUCUAACUGUAACGAAUUUUCCUGUUACAACGUAAUAGCUAGCGAACUUCAGCUCAAAAAUUCGUUUCGGAUUUUGGACAAUCACAUUCCCGGAGAUAUAACGUCUUACGAUCCGGAGACGCCAGAUGUAAGUUUUCAACUGGCGUCCAUUCUCUCGCCCGAACUAGCUCUUCCGGUAACGACGAAUUGUUUUGUGACGCGCUUCCAGGCGGCAAUCAAUCUUCUUUGCUGCCUCGACAUACUCUCCAUUGCCCACCAAAUGCAAAUCUCGACCAUCAACGACAUAAUUGAUGACAGGCAACUAAUGUCUGGAAAGCAGUACUCCAAGGAAGACUUCCAGGCGGUUAAUAGAUUCGAGAGCCAUGGAGGUGGUUGGGGAUAUUCGGGUCACAGCAUAGAGGCGAUUCGCUUCAUGGCUGAUUCCGAUAUACUUCUGGGGGGUUUUGGGCUGUUUGGCGGUCGCGGAGAGUAUACGGCCAAGUUGAAGUUGUUGGAUAUCGGUCCUGAAGGGGGAGAACAAGAGAUUGACGGGGAGUUGUUGGCAGAAACUGAAGAGAUACCAUAUGAAUGCGGUCCGAGGCAGAAAUUUUCGAUUUUGUUUGAUGAACCGGUUCCCUUGCAGGCACAUCGAUGGUUUGUCGCUUGGUGUAGAAUCAGCGGCCCAAGCAGUGAUUGUGGUUCCUCUGGCCAAACAAUGGUAACAACCGAAGACCAGGUGUUAUUUUACUUCAAAUCCUCAAAAAAGUCGAACAACGGUACAGAUGUCAAUGCCGGUCAAAUACCGCAAUUACUAUACAAGAUAAUAACACCUGAAAACCAGUCACCACCAAGACAAACUGACAUAGUCGAACCUAUCCAUAUUUUGUCCAAGGGAUUCUCUAGGACCGUCACCAAGGAGUGUUUCCAAAGCUUGCUAUCUCUCCUACAGUGGUCGUGGAAUACUUUCAAAUGGGGAGUCGUGGAAGGUCAAUCCCUUAAAAAUAUGUACACCACCCUUGAACUAGAGCGUUUGGUUUACAUCAGCAGAGCCAGUUUGAGAUUAAUUUGCACUUACACCAACGAAAUUUAUCCGAAACAAAUCAACAGAAAAGUUUCUCUGGAAAACGUCCAGUUGGCCGAAUGUAUAGGCGACGUGAGAACUUUGUUGAAGCAGAUUCUGUCCGACAAUAUUCCUAUUGUACUGCAGAAUAAAAAGCCCACCAAGAUCAACAUGCUCAGUAUAAAUAUGAUGAACAACGUCCUAGAUGAGUGUCACCAUACUUUCGUGUUGUGUUUCCAUGCUUUCUACCCCACGGCUUACUUGAAGUGGACUUGUUUAUGUGACUUACUGGCAGAAAGUAACAAGGAUAAUGGUCAGAACAUCUACAACAGCAGCCAGAGAUUACUGAGCGCAGUUUUGUGCGCACUCUGCGCGCCCAGUGUCCGAUUGCGCAGCACAUUUCCUCUCAUUGGUCACAGCGUUAGUUCUGAAAGUUCACUGCAUCGAGGAUUGAGUCCUUCAGAUAAUACGGGCCUUCCGAUGAUGAGCGUUUCCGAUUCCCAUCAUUAUCCCAUUCUCGUCGAACAAAUGAGCUACAAAACUCAGAUGGAAUCUAGUUGUUCUGGAAUUUCUUGGCAGUGGAACGAAGUAUUGGAAUGCCUUAUAAACUUGGCUUGUGACCCUAUAAUGAGAAGUUUACAAAAAAGCAACACAAGUUGCUCAUUAGAACUUACAAAAUAUUGUUGUCACUUACUAGCCAGAGUUUUGGCUGAAUUGGUUCAUCAGUGUAGCUCCGCUGAGGAGGAUCUUCAAGGAACAUGCGGUCGUACAUUGCAUAUGACGCCCUCUAGAUUUACAAGAACCAAUCAGUCGAGAACGUGGAAUACCGGUAAUGGUUCUCCUGACGCGAUUUGCUUUCAAGUUGACCAUCCUGGUAUUUCGGUGGUAGGGGCAGGUAUCUAUGGAGGUAUUGGACACUACGAAUAUGAACUUGAACUGCUGGAAGAUACGAGCACUAUGAACGGUCCUGAUGGUCAGACUCACGCUCAUAGAUGGAACAGUUUGGAAGUUACCAGGGGUUCUUUCGGGCCUGAAGAUUUUCCUCCAGACAUUAUUGAAAUUAAAUUUGACAGAGCUGUUCCUAUAAAGGAAAAUAUCAAGUAUGCAAUUCGGCUGAGGAAUCACGGCGGCAGAACAAAUAAUGGGGAUGGGGGGUUGAGUUCCGUGAAGGGUUCUGAUAACACGAUAUUCACUUUUUCGACAUGUUCUCUUAGUUUCAAUGGUUCGACUCUCGCUAGAGGACAAAUUCCCGUUAUCCUUUAUUACAGCAACCCCCUUGAAUACGGAAGAGCAGCAACAACAAAAUUGGAGCAACAAGCAAGAAACACAGCUUUGUCCAUGACAAGUUCCAUUAGUCAGAAAGCGAGUAAUUUGAUGGUUUUGGCGCGAGAGAAAGCUGAUGAAGUUCCCGCUGCUGAAAUUCUGAGUAAAUCCUGCAUUGUUACCACUCUACUUCCACUAGUCCUGGCUCAUAUCAGUCCUUUGGCCACGAGCGAUUCAAAGAGUGCUGUCCACAUACUGAACUUGAUUCAAGAACUUCUUCCUCAUGUAGCAGCUUUAAAUUUGAUGGGAACUUCGGGAUGUUUGAAAAACAAAUUGUCAGCUUCUUUGAACAUGUCGUCCACUCACGAACCAAUUGAUUACAAAGCUGACACGACAAGCCAUCAUUACACCCUGGUAGAAAGUGAUCAUCCAUACAAACCUUCAACAGUAACUAAUUACAGAGUACUCUUUCCUGAAAGCGUGAAAUGGAUGAGUUUGGAUUUUGAUCCUGCAUGUUCGACAGUUCAACCGGAAGACUCGCUUCAACUUUUCGUUCCUGCUAUGAAUUACAAAUCAGAAAAGAAAUCUGGUGGUUGCUCAGAAGACAACGACACCCCUCCGAUGCCUUACUGGCCUGUCCUGCAUAGAUUCAGUGGGAGUUUGACGUGGCCUACGAAUUCGAUCAUCUUGCCUGGUAACGAGGUGAUCUUUUCCUUGGAAACCGCUUCGGAUUACUUGAAAGAUGACCGGAUCAGCGCCUAUGGAUUCAAGUGUCUCGUUCUAGGUUAUGAGUGGCCACCUGAAGGGACCACGAGUUUGAAUAUUGAACUCAAACAUCUAGAAUCCGAGUUGUCUUUCUUGGGGGGCAUGUGCGCUGCGAGUCUUCUGAAAAAGGAUAUUCUUCUUCCCGUCAUUGGUGAUGAGGCAGACAUUGAUAUGGAAAUGGCGGAAAACAUUGCUUCCGAUAUAUUUUCAAGACAUAGUCCAUUAUUAUCCAAAGGUUUGGCACUCAGCUCACCACCCACCGUUCAUCAAGCUUUGGACGGGAUGCUGCCUUACAG